UCUGUCGGCCGUUGCUUGUGCAAUGAAAUCGUGAUAGUCCUGAUAAUACUGAUAUUUCAUCACCGAAAGUCCGAUCAGAAUUUCGGUGCCCAGCAUGGUUGUGGUCGUGCUCCGAGGCUUCGAAAUUGGUGGCCGCUGGGGAUCGAUCGUCUGAUCCAAAUUUGGACAGCCGAUUAUGAACAAAGGCUGAUGGAUUUGUUCCAUUUUCAUUUUACAGACGUUGGUACGACAUUAGAACAAAAGUUCUUGGGUACAAUCGCGUAUGGAACAACCGAACCAAAGAAUUUAGAGGCCAUGAUGAGUUCCAAAAUUGACGCACCCAAAGAACUAACUACCCAGAAAGAUUUUAAUUUUGGACUUCGUCGUCAGAUUUUCUUUCCUCUGCUUGGAGACGGCAUUUUUACCCAGGAAGGGGAUUCCUGGAAGCAUUCUCGAGAUCUCCUUCGUCCACAAUUCGCAAAGCAGCAAUACCGAGAUAUGGACAUUGUCAUACCCCACGUCGACAACUUGCCCCAUCACAUACGCGCCAAUGAAGGUGAAAUUGAUCUUCAACCAUUAUUCUUUAACCUUACCCUGGACACGACCACUGAGCUUCUAUUUGGGAAGUCCGUGAAUAGCCUUAAAGAGGCCGAUGAAUCACGAGGGGCAAAAUUCGCGAACGCGUUUGACGUUGCUCAAAAUUACGUUAUUCAGCGGUUUCGUCUGUUGGACUUGUACUGGUUGAUCGGUGGUCGAAAAUUCCAAAGCUCCUGUGCUGCCGUUCAUGAGUUUGUCGAUGAGAUUAUCGAGGAACGAAGUCAAAAGUCAGAGGAAGACACAUCAAAGAAUGACCGUUAUUUGUUUUUCGAUGCUAUUGCAAAAGACCCAAAGCAUUCAAGCGACAGGAAGGCUCUGAGAGCUCAACUGGUCAACAUGUUGCUCGCUGGCAGAGACACAACCGCCUGCCUUCUAAGUUGGACAUUCUUUCUUCUAGCCCAGCAUGCCCGUGUUUUAGUUAAGCUGAAAGCAGAAAUUUCCUCAGUGGUGGGAUCUAGGACCGAGAUCAAUCAAAAUGACAUUCACAAAAUGACUUACCUUGCAAAGAUUUUGAAAGAAACCCUUCGACUUUAUCCCUCUGUGCCCGUUAACACACGGACUGCUCGAAGAACAACUUUCCUCCCUACGGGUGGUGGCUCCGAGGGGACUUCACCCGUACUAAUACGUAAAGGUGAGAAUGUAGCAUUUUGUGUGUAUUCGAUGCAUCGCCGAAAGGACUUAUAUGGAGAGGAUGCGGAAGAUUUUCGCCCAGAACGCUGGGAUGAAGACUUGCCCGAAUACACCAAGAAAUGGGGCUUUUUGCCCUUUAGUGGGGGCCCUCGAAUCUGCAUAGGGCAGGAAUUUGCACUUAUGGAAGCAUCUUAUACUACAGCUCGGAUUCUGCAACAGUAUUCCAGUAUUGACCUCAUAUCCGGAAAGACCCAAAAAAGUACGUGGACGGGUUGGCCUACCCAUGGAACGGAAGGAAUUGAAAAGAUCUCGCAACAGAAGCAGAAGGUGACAUUGGUGCUAUCAUUAGGCGAGGGUUGCAAGGUGUCAAUGACACGCUAG